AUGAUCUUUGAAGCAAUGGCGAUGCCGGCUGCUGCACCGGCUCCAAUGGCUGGUGGAUUUGCCGCGCCAGAGAUGGCCGUCUUCGCUCCACCUCCUCCACCUCCUGCACCCGCUCCAUCACUGGCUUUCAACAAUGAAGCACCGAAAACACGAUCGAAUUUCCCAGAGUCGUGGAUAUGGAAUGAUCUGCAGAGAGGUGGAGUGCGGAGUCAAAUGCCAUUGAAUGCAAUGUCGAUGAGAACGAUGAGAGGACCGCCGGUGGUUGCUUUUGGAGCAGCUGGAGGAGGAGCUUUUUUCGCGGAUGAUGCGAGAAUGGUGAUGGAUUCGCCGGCUUCUGCACCAAGCGUACAACAAUCUUUAACCACCGCUGCGCCUAAGACGAGAUCCGAUUUCCCGGAGUCUUGGAUUUGGAAUGAUAUGCAAAGGUGGAGCAGAUCUGCCUUCUAUUUUGUGAGUGCUGAUGGACAAGAACUAAUGGCAGACAUGGCGCCUUUACCCACCGAUGUCGCUGGCCAUUAUGUGCCUGAUGAAGCAGUGGUGGCUCCUUUUGGAAAGGCUACAAUUCGGCCAAGUCUUCGAACGAAAUUCCCAGAGACUUGGCUUGACGAGGGAAAGAUUUGGUGUGCAAAAAGAGACAAA